AAGAAGUUGGAUAUAACAUAGGCACUGGACACCUAGUCACCUACUACUACUAAGCGCACUUUAGAAGUAGCCAGCCACCACUCACUUUAUUAUCUUCUUUUUUAUUAUUAGUUACCACCACCUACACCCACCCAUUCCCCACCAUUAUCCAACCACUAUCGCCACCACAACUCCACCUUAUGGCUUCAACCACCCCAUCUCCACCCCCAAUUUCACCACAUCAACAACCAGAAAACGACAACCACCAACCACCGAUCACCUCUCCACCGCAUCAGCCCUCCGUUCCCUCACCACUUGAAUACCUAGACCACCACCAAUUCACAACCUCAAUUUCACCCUCUUCGCCGCCACAACCACCGGAAAACUCACCCCACCACCAACAACCACCUCCGCCGGAACACCUUCAAGGCCACCAGGAACCUCCGCUUCCGUCCUUACCAAUUGAAUACCUAGACCACCACCACCACCAAUUCACAAACUCGAUAUCACCUUCUUCGCCGCCGGAAAACUCUCCCGACCGCCAUCAUCCUCCUCCGUCGGAACACGUUGAAGGCCACCAGGAACCUCCACGUCCGCCGUCACCUCCACCGCCGGAACACGUUGAAGACCACCUGGAACCUCCGCUUCAAUUCGACCAUCAACAACCUUCGCCACCGCCACCGUCUUCCUCUCUCCUACCGCCAUCACCGCCACCGACAGAAACCGAACAACCACCGGAAAACUUUAGCCCUAACCAUGAACAUAAGCAACAGCCAUCACCGUUACCGUCACCGUUAACACCACCGACGGAAACUCCUGAUUAUCAUACAACAAACCCUAACCCUACGUCAGAUCACGAAUCUCCUCUUUCAAAGCAACCGCCAUCAUCAACACCUGACGAUCCUAUCCAAAGCCCUAAUUUUCAUGAAAACCCUAACCCUGAUUUAGAUCAUGAAUCUCCAUCUUCACCUGCAAAUAUCGAAACAAACCCUAGCCCUAGCCCUAAACCAAAUCAAUCACCCAAAAACCCCUCUCCGUCACCACCGUUAACAACCGGAUCACCCAUCACCACCGUAACACCACCAUUAGGAGUACCACUUAUCCACGUGGCAGCCAGUUCUUCACCAAUUAAUAAUAUUAAACCACAAAUCUCACCAUGGACUCACCAGGAAACUGCAAACUUGAUUCAAGCUUAUCAAGAAAAAUGGUACUCUUUGAAAAAAGGACCUUUGAAGGCUGGACAGUGGGAGGAAGUAGCCAUCACGGUGGCUGCGCGUUGCGGGUAUGAUGAGCCUACGAAGACGUCGAAACAAUGUCGUCACAAGCUUGAAAAGCUGCGUAAACGUUACCGUGCGGAGCGGGGUAAACCUCGGUCCAAAGCGACUGCUUGGAAUUUUUUUAAACUUAUGGAGAAUUUGGAGAAAGGGCCGUUGCCGAUUUCGUCAUCUUCGCAGUCUAUGGCAUUGGUGGAGUACCAAAAACCGAGUAGUUCAAAUGGGAAAAAGCGGAAAAAUGUUGAAGACGACGACGACGAGGAGGAGAACGAUGAUGGUGAAUAUCGCGUUAACAAGAGAAGCAGCAGGACUAAGAAUCAGAACCAUAGUCAUCAUGUCCCGAACGGGUAUUUAACUAGAAAUCUGCGAUUUACUGAAGGUGGAAGCAGGAUUGUUCGGGGGUUGAGGACUCCGGUGGUUCACAAACAUAAGGCGUUUUAUCAGGAGAAUGCGGAUGAGGAGGAGGAGGAGGAGAAUGGCGGCGAAGAAGAAGAAGAAGAAGGGGUGGCAGCGCAAUUGGCGGUGGAAAUAAAGGGUUUUGCCGAGAAGUUUGUAAAGAUGGAGAAUAAGAAGAUUGAGAUGAUAAGAGAUGUAGAGAGGUACAGAUUGGAAAUGGAGAAGAAGAGAAUGGAAAUGAUAAUUGAAUCACAGCAGAUGCUUGUAGAGACAGUGAACAAAGCUUUCAGUAGCACUUAUAAGCUUUCUGCAGCAAAUUGACAACAAGUUUCAAGCUUUGUUCACUAAACUAUGUAUUUGCUUUUAAUUUUAAUUUUAAUUAAUAACUAGGUUGUUGAAACUUUGUAGGUCUGGAGUCCUCCUCCUAUACUUGUAUUAUUAGAUCAUUUAACAUGUGGGAAAAGAUGAAUUUGUGUAUUUCGAUAUA